ACUCAUAUUUGCGUUCCAUAUGCUCGACUUCAAUGUUUUGAUUUUGCAAGAAUGCCGGACAAAAGAGCAAGAAGGAAAUUGAUAAAGAAACAGCAAAGGAAGAGACGGCGUCAAAAACAAGCCAAAGAACGCGACAAACUGGAAGAAGAGGCGGAAAACCAGAGACUGCUGCAGCCUGAGUACCAGAAAUGGCUACAAGAACAGCGGGAAAUGGAGGAAUUCCAAAGAUUGGCUGAGCAACGGGAGCAUCAAGAUGCAGAGGAGGCCUGGUUGCGAAGAGAAGCCAUUGCCCAACGACAAUUCCGGAUAGACGAGGCCAAAAGACUCCAAGAGCAGGAGGAAGUCGAGCGUUUGCAAAGGGAACAAGCAAAAGAGCGGUUAGAAAGGGAGGAAAUCAAAAGAAAACUGCGAAAGGAAGAGAUGGCAAAAUCUGCCAAGGCUGCGGCUGAAUUCGAUGCCAUGAUGGAGAGCAUGAAUGGAUACCUCAAUAACCCACGAAUAGAGAAUCCUCCUAGUCACCUUCUACGGGUGAUGGAAACCCACCCGGAAGAACGGCUCUGCGAAUUCUUCACUCGCACCAACUGCUGUCGCUACGGGCACGCCUGCACUUUCAACCACCGGCGACCAUUGCUGGCCAGGAUUCUCCUUAUCCGGCAUUUCUUCAAACAUUCUAUGCUGCAGGAACACCGGCCGCAUAAGGAGUACGACUCGGCGGAGGAGCACUUGGAAUUUACCGAACAAGAUCUUCGCCGCGAUUAUGAUGAGUUCUUUAACGACACCGUUGAAGAACUGGAGAAGUUCGGCACCAUCGUUAACUUCCGAACUGUGCGAAAUACACUGGAACACCUCAGGGGACAUGUCUUUGUGCAGUACACUAAUGAACGAUCGGCUCUUCGCGCUUUUACCAAUCUUCAAGGUCGCUACUAUGCCUCCAAGCGCCUCAACGUAGAGUUCUCCAAUCUGAAGACCUGGCGUGGCGCAGUCUGCGGUUUGUCCUUAACACGUAAAUGUCCCAAAGGUAACGGCUGUGGGUAUUUGCACUUAUUUCGCAAUCCGAACAACCUGUUCAACACGGAACUGGAAAGCACGACCACUCCUCGCAGGGAAAGCCGCUCUAGCCAAACUGCGACGGUGAAGACGCCCAGUUGGGAUGACCAGAAUAAGCGUGGCAGGAACUGGCGCUGGUCAGAAAGCCCAGAGGUGGAGCUUGAAAACUUCAAAGACGUGGGCAACAGUCUUAAAAACUCAAACAGAAGGCAAGAUCUCAAAAUCUCCCAUCAUAGGGAGUAUAAAGCCAGGUCAAGAAGUGAUAAAGAUUCAAAACGAUCGAAUCGUGAUGAAAGUUCUAAAAGAAAACGCAGCUCCUCAAGAACGUCACAUGACGAUCACAGAUCAAGCAGAAACCAUAGUUCUAGUUCUAGGAGCCACUCCACAACCCCUCAUCGCCAAUAAAAAGCAAAGUAAUAUUUUAAUUUUUUUUAUGGGAUCUUUACAAAAUUUUAUUCAAUCUCUUUGUGGGCAAAACAUGAGUGUCUCAAACAAAAUACUAAAGAGAUUCCGAAUUUCUUGCUUGGAUGAAAGUCAGAAGAGGGUCAGAGAUACACUCGCAAUUUAAGAUUGCUUAUAAAUAUUGAAAGUGCGAUCUGAAAACGACUCAAUUGAUUACAACGGAAUGGAAUUCUACGCGUAAAAUUGGCAGUUUCGAAACGAGAAAAGGUAAAGUGAGACUGACUGAGGGUGCUGAGGGUAGGGGUGGUGUGAUGACAGUAUUAUAGGUGGUAAGGUAAGAUCGGAAAUUGUAAAUUCUAAAGUCUAUUUGUCUUGCUUUCUUCCUUUUUCGUCGUACACAUACAAACAAAAAU